CGCCGUCAUUCAUGUUGGCUGUGCUGAAUGCAAACCUGGCGCUGCCGACCGGACGCGGGCCGAACUUUGCUCCCGCCCAAGUGGCGACGCCUGCCGUCGUGUGUAAGGGAAACCGCUUUCUGGCAGAUGCGCUUCGGCAGGGGUGUCAAACGGUGACCGGCAGUUUGAUUGACGGCGACGCAAGCGGAGACGUCAACCUGCCCAGCCUGCGGGACGUGCUCGGGGGUAUCUUGGUGACGCGCAACCCCAACCUCACCUCGCUGACGAUGAACAACCUGGAGAACGUUGGCAGGACCAUCAACGUGGAGUACAACCCCAAGCUCAUCUCUCUGACGAUGAACAACCUGGCGGACGUGCGCGGAGACAUUUGGGUGACGAACAACCCCAACCUCGCCACUCUGACGAUGCCCAAGCCGGAGCGCGUGGACGGAGGCAUCUUGGUGAAGACCAACGACAACCUCGUCUCGCUGACGAUGAACCACCUGCGGGGCGUGGGCGGAGGCAUCGACGUGGAGUACAACCCCAAGCUCAUCUCUCUGACGAUGAACAACCUGGAGGACGUGGUCGGAGACAUCUCCGUGGAGCACAACGAAAAGCUCAUCUCGCUGACGAUGAACAACCUGUUGCACGUGGAGUACGGAGACAUCUCCGUGUCGCACAACGACAACCUCGCCUUGCUGACGAUGAACAACCUGGAGGACGUAGGGGGAGACAUCACCGUGUGGUUCAACCUCAACCUCGCCACUCUGACGAUGAACAACCUGCGGGGCGUGGGGGGAGACAUCGACGUGGCGGUCAACAACAACCUCGGCUCGCUGGCGAUGCCCAACCUGGUGUACGCGGGCGGGGGACCCCGAGGGGGAAGGUUCGGAGGCAUCGGGGUGUACAGCAACUCCAACCUCGCCUCGUUGACGAUGGACAACCUGGUGAACGUGAGCGGGCGCAUCUUCGUGGAGUACAACCCCAAGCUCAUCUCUCUGACGAUGAACAACCUGGAGGACGUGGUCGGAGACAUCGACGUUAAGACCAACGACAACCUCGUCUCGCUGACGAUGAACCACCUGCGGGGCGUGGGCGGAGGCAUCGACGUGGAGUACAACCCCAAGCUCAUCUCUCUGACGAUGAACAACCUGGAGGACGUGGUCGGAGACAUCUCCGUGAAGACCAACGACAACCUCGUCUCGCUGACGAUGAACCACCUGCGGGGCGUGGGCGGAGGCAUCGACGUGACGCGCAACCCCAACCUCACCUCGCUGACGAUGGACAACCUGCGGGAAGUGAUGCCGUUCCCCUCCGAGUUCGGGGAUAUCUACGUGGAGAACAACGCCAACCUCGCCUCGCUGACGAUGAACAACCUGGAGCGCAUCAAUGGCAUCAACGUGUUUAACAACCCCAAGCUCACCUCUCUAACGAUGAACAACCUGCGGGAAGUGAGGAUCGGAGGCCUCUACGUGCAGGCCAACGCCAACCUCGCCUCUCUGACGAUGAACAACCUGGUGCGCGUGGUGGGGGGAAACAUCUUGGUGGAGUACAACCCCAACCUCACCUCUCUGACGAUGAACAACCUGGUGGAAUUGCACCGAGCGAGUUGGGGUUGGCCACCAGUGGGCGGAGAGAUCCACGUGUCGGGCAACCGCAACCUCGCCACUCUGACGAUGCCCAACCUGGUGCGCGUGGACGGAGGCAUCUGGGUCGACCCCAAGCCCGACUCCUGCGACCUGGGGCCAGUCUGGGCCGGGCAGGAUUAUCCGUACGGCUACUGCUGAUCGAGACGGGCAGUAGUGCCGGUGGGAGCCAUCCCUCUGCUAGUCCCGCCCGCCGCCGGGCCAAAUCCGCCCCUGCUAGCCCGCCGCUGCCCCAGCCCGAGACUGAGACGAGCCCUAUUAGGGCUGGUGGACUAACAUUAGCACACCUCAGGGGCAGCACUGACUACAGAUCGUGCCAACACUUGGCGCAAAGGUCGGUGUUAACACAGUUGAACGGCAGUCCCAAAACAAGCGUUAACACAGCCGUUAGCACGGUGUUGGCACCACACACCAUGUCCGGGUAAAACCCAGGUAGGGAUCCAACAUCACAAUAGGGGUUCU